CGGAUUAAGAGUUCCAUUUUUCGAGGAGAAACUGCCCAAAGUGAGAUUGACAAUAAUCCUUGGGAGCCGUAUGGAUGAGAACCUUUUCCGCUCAAUUUUUAAUUGCCCUAAUUGAGUGAUUGGGUGCAUAAUCAACGUCUCAACGGCGUCUUGCCAAUGCAACAUUCCCAUAACCUUACGGGAGCUUGCCUUGAUGAAAUUGAACAACUGCAUCCUACACUCAGAUCAGUUGCAGCCAGCCCUACAAUUAGAAAGACACGUCACCACUGUUCAAACGAUAAAGCCCGCUCUGUUUCCGCUGAAAGGUGUGGCUUGACUUAUGAGAACAUAGUCUAUCUCUUUUCGCCGGAACACUUCAGCUAGUCUUUACUGUCACAGCCAGCAGACACCAUGACACUCCCAGAAAUGUCCCCGAUAGCCGUGGUAGGCGUCGCAUAUAGGCUACCAGGUACAGGGCGUAGAGGCCUUUACGAAUAUCUUGCAGAGGCAAAGUCAGCAUUCUCGCCCAUUCCCAAAGACCGGUUUGAGCAGGAAGCAUAUCACUCCAAGAACUCGGAGAAAGGCGGCGUUUUCUCGUCUGACGGAGCUCAUUUCCUCUCCGACGACGUGUAUGCAUUUGACGCGGCAUUCUACAAUAUGACGGCCGAGGAGGUUACGUCUAUUGACCCUCAGCAUCGCCUGAUGCUUGAGUGUGCAUUUGAAGCUGCAGAGAAUGCAGGCAUCCCACUGCCCGAGCUGGAGGGGUCAAAAACUGGUGUUUUUGCUAUCACGGACCGCUGCGGCUACGGUGAACAGCAGAUCAACGACCUCCCGACGACAACAAAGUAUUCCACGUUUAGUGCAGCUCCCUGCAUGGCGGCGAAUCGCGUCUCCUAUUUUAUGGGUUUGCAAGGGCCUAGUAUCUCGGUCGACUCCGCAUGUUCAAGCAGUACCCAUGCGGUACAUCUGGCGUGCCAAAGCCUUCGCUUGAAGGAGUGCAGGACUGCGUUCACGGGAGCGGCCUCCCUGAUUACUACUCCUCAUAUAAUGGCGGUUCUCGAUACCAUGGGGGCACUUUCACCGGACGGGAAAUGCUACUCCUACGAUGCUCGUCGCAACGGAUUCGGGGUCGGCGAAGGGGCCGCCUGUCUGGUUCUUAAACGCCUGGAAGACGCUGUCGCGGACGGCGAUGCCGUACAGGGUGUUAUUCGACACACCAGCUGCAACCACUCGGGCCAUACACGAGGAAUUACGAUGCCCUCACAGUUGGCCCAGGAAGACAUUCUUCGCCGCGUACACAUCGAGGCAGGCCUGGAAAUGUCUGAUACCGGGUUCAUCGAGGGCCAUGGCACAGGGACUCAAGCGGGUGACCCCAUCGAAGGCGCCGCCGUUGCCAACGUAAUGGCGAAAGAUCGCGCAGACCCUGUCUACAUUGGCUCAGUGAAAACCAACUUCGGACACCUCCUAAAUGCCAGCGGCAUGGUGUCUAUUGUCAAAGCCAUCGCCAUGCUGCGCCAUGCAAUGAUCCUGCCGAAUUCAGGCUUCCAAGAGAUGAGCCCUGCCCUUGACGGGUCCAAAUUGAGAGUCGCUGCGGUUCCUGUUCCUUGGGAAUCGGAAAAGCCUCGACGUGUCUGCGUCACGAACUUCGGUUUCGGUGGCAGCAACGCAGCCGUUUUGCUAGAGGAAUUUGGUGAUUCCCGACGAGGCCAUGAUGCAUCUAGGGACGUGGAUGGACCGAACCAUGCGGACACCAGUGGACGAGCAAGACUAUUUGCACUCUCGGCAAAAUCCGAAAGAUCCCUUGUUUCCUUCUGGUCCGCGCUUACUUCACACCUUCAGGAGCUCCCUCGCUCUUUGACGACGAGUGACGCCUUCCUCGCUGACCUCAGCUUCACCCUUGGACAGCGACGCACGCAUUUCUCACGCCGGGUCGGCGUCGUAGCCGGCUCUGUAGAGGAGUUGGUACAGCAGCUGUCCUCACUGAGCGAGUCCAGAAUUGGGAAAGCGCGCGCAGACCAAGAGGUGGCGCCUGCCUUCAUUUUCACCGGGCAGGGAGCUCAGCACGCCGGCAUGGCAACCGAGCUUUACGGGUAUGAGCCUUUCGCUGCCGCACUCCGGAGCGCAGACCGCUGUCUCCAAGACUUCGGUGCCGAAUGGUCCUUGGCGGAGGAGCUGUUCAAGUCAGAGGCAGAGGGAUCUCGUAUUGACGACGCUGAAAUAGCCCAGCCUGCCUGCACUGCUGUUCAGCUAGGGCUGGUGGCAUUGCUCCAGAGCUGGGGCAUCUCGCCUACCAUUGUCGGUGGCCACAGUUCUGGGGAGAUCGCUGCCGCUUAUGCAGCUGGCUUUUUCUCAUUCCGAACAGCAAUGGCACUCGCCUUCUUCCGAGGAAAAGCGGCGGUAGAGCUGCAAGAGAAGAGCCAGGGUUCGCCGGGAGGCAUGGUUGCGCUCGGCACCGAUGUCGACACGGCGUUGAAUCUGCUGGAGUCUACGUCCACUGCCCAGAUUGGAAGGGCAUGUAUUGCGGCUAUCAACAGCUCCAAUAGUCUGACUAUAUCAGGCGACAUCGCCGCCAUCGAAUCAAUUUCUCAGGUAGCAGAGGUUCAGGGGAUUUUCAACCGGAGAUUGAAGGUCGGCGUGGCGUAUCACUCUCACCAUAUGGAAUUGGUCGCGGCAUCGUAUGAGGCUGCUAUAGAGCCAUUCUGCACCGCUGAGCGGACAAGAACUGAAGGCGGAAAAGGCACAUCCUUCUGCUCAUCGGUCACUGGCCGCGAAGAAUGUGCUGAUGCUGUAAGAAAGGCAUCCUAUUGGGUGAUGAACUUGGUGAGUCCAGUGAGAUUCGCGGACGCAAUCGAAAGGGUUUUAAACCGCGAGGAAUCUGACCAGGGAGCUACGGUCGCCCUCAUUGAGCUGGGGCCACAUCCUGCACUCAAAGGUCCUAUUAAAAAUGCCUUACAAUCAAUGGGCGAAACUCGGGCAACGUAUCUCCCAACACUUUCGCGUGGUCGAGAUGGUACCAAGGCACUGCUUGAGCUUGCUCAAAGCAUGUUCACGCUAGGAAGUACCCUAGAUUUUGCUGCUGUCAACCGAAUUCCUCCAGAACACGCGCAUGUUCUGACGGAUCUUCCGGCCUACGAGUGGAAAAAAGAUACACGCUAUGUCCGCAAGUCGCACAGGUCCGCCCACGAGCUGCAUCCUGGCCAUAUCUACAACCGUUUGCUGGGAUGGAAGAUGCCGUCGGUAGGAGCUGAACACAUCUUUCGCCAGGUGUUCUCACUCGCCACCAUGCCCUGGAUCCGUGACCACCAGGUCGCAGGGGAUGCUCUGUUUCCCUUCGUGGGUUUCGUGCGCCUCGCGGUGGAGGCAUUCAAGGCCAUAUCACGAGGCCCGUCGAGCGUAACGAUACGAGAUCUUCAGGUCAGCCGAAGUCUCGUGGUUAACAGGGGUCAGAACGUGGAUAUAACUACAAAGCUUCAGCCGGCUGAGAUGGGAACGCGGGCAUUCUCCUCGACGAUCUGGACUUUUCAAGUCCUGACCUGGACCGAGUCGGCCGGCUGGACUCAGCAUGCCCAUGGGCGCAUCGAAGCGGACACCGUGGACUUCGCGACAGGUGGUAGCCCGGCGCAAAAGGCGGCUGACAAGGCGCUGUCCACGGGGCUCCUGACGGCAAAGGAUAUCGAAAGCGAGUACGAAAUCAUUCGACAAUCGGGAGUCUCUUUAGGGCCCGCAUUCAGAAAUAUGACCAAAUUGAUGACGGGACCCAACGUCGCUGUCCAGGAAGCAGUGCCGCCACAGAUUGAUGGCGAAUCUUUCCAAGGCUCACAAGAAUUCUUGGACGUGGUGAUGCUGGAUAGUCCGCUGCACUGCGUCCGGAGAACCUUCUUUGGAGAUGACUUGAACGAUGUGUUCGUUCCGGUGUCCUGCCCCCGACUCCAGCUGUCAAUGAUUCCCGCGACAGCCGGCCAGACCUUCACGACGAUAGCGUGCGGGGGAGGACUCGACAAGGUAGCUGGUUUAGCACAUAUCCAGUAUGUCAUUUUGGUCAGCACGGAAUCCGGGACUGUGCCUUACGCCGAACUCGAAAUGACAUUUCAACGUAUCGGGCACUUCAGUGAUGCUGUUGCUGGGAGCAGCAGACCGGAGGGCUUCCAUACAACCUUGGUGCCACAUAUAGACUUUCUCAGCGGCACGGAACUGGCGGAACUGCUGACAGACCAUUGUUCGGAUCCUACAGAGCUGCUGCCCCGUCCGGAGAUUGCUGCUAUCAGUCGGCAUUUCCUGGUUCACGCGCUCAGGACAACAGCUGGCGAUGAUCGGUCCACUCUGCCCUCUCACCCUUCAAAAUUCCUCCGCUGGGCUGAGAGCCUCGCAGAAGAGAGCGACGACAUCCAAGUCACCUCACAGCUAAUCCACCAGGUUUCCCAGGCCAGUGCUGCCGGCGAACUUAUUUGUGCUGUUGGUGAACGGAUACCGGAAAUCCUGCGCGGGCAAGUGGAGCCGUUAGAAAUCAUGCUGAAGGACGGGAGACUCACCCGAUACUACGAAGACAAUGCGGUGAUGCAGCGAAGCUGCGAGGCCCUGGCCAGAUAUGUGGCCGCGUUGGGCGAAGUCAAUCCCAGGCUGCGGAUCCUGGAAGUGGGAGCAGGCACUGGUGGUGCGACUCUACCAAUCUUGGACGCAUUGUCUGGCGGGGCGAAUAGUGAUAGCGCUCCCAACUUCUCGCAGUAUGUUUAUACAGACAUUUCGUCUGGGUUUUUCGAAAAUGCGCGGCAAAAGCUGUCGCGGUGGCCGGAGCUCGUAUACCAGAAACUUGACAUCGGUCUCGAUCCGGCGCAGCAGGGCAUCGAAGUUGGCACGUACGACCUUGUCGUCGCGGUUAACGUACUUCAUGCAACUCCUGACAUUGAGGAGACUAUUCGCAAUGUUCGCGCCUUACUCAAGCCUGGCACUGGCAAGUUGGGCAUCGUGGAGGCUGCGGAUAACGACAGUCCUCUAGUUUUGCCCUUCGCCCUGCUUCCGGGCUGGUGGUUAGCGUCAGAUAGAUACCGGGCACUCGAGAAGGGACCUCUAAUGCCUCUCGACCGCUGGCACCAGCUCCUGGGCUCCACCGGGUUUUCCGGAGUCGAUGGCGCUAUCGAAUGUGGUGGGUGUGGCGCCUUCUGGUCUCGCAGGGUCGAGCCAGACAACAACCCUACCCUGCCCAGCAGUCUCUCCAAUAUAGCCUACCCGGUAACCAUCUGCAGUCCUCUGGCCACUUCACAGGAUACCAGGCUGGCCGAAGCGGUGGCCCACGCCGUGGGUGAGACCCUGCAUAUUCCCACUCCGCGCGUCCAGUCACUCGCGGGGCUCGAUAUUUCGGAAGACCGCUUCUGUAUCUUCAUUGACAGCUCCGACAGCAGCUUUUUGGCGGGUAUUGCAUCCGAACGUCCGUUCAAUCAGCUGAAAAGUAUCCUACUCAAGCCGAGGGGGUUGCUAUGGGUCACUCCAGAACAUGAUGGCCCGGACUACGCACGCAUCAGGGGCAUUCUUCGGACUUUGCGCCUGGAAGACACUGCGAGAAAGCUGCUGCAUGUCGACGAUGUUCAACUUGACACAACCCAAGGGCCUGCGGCCGUAGCGCAGCUCACUGAUAGCCUUGUUCAAGACAUCACCACCACGACGCCCCGUGAACAAGACUUCGUAUGGCGGGAUGGACGUAUCCAGGUCCCCCGUCUCCGUAAACUCCGAGAAACAACGGAGACAUUUGCUCUUGAGGCCGGAGAUUCGAUUUGUCGAAGACAGCCGAUAUGGACCAGCCAUGGUCCGGAGAACACCCUCUCCCUGGCUAUCCACAACCUGGGGAAUCUCGACUCUAUUUACUUUAAACAGCACAACCUAAGCGGUACAGCCCUGGGUGACGACGAGACACUGAUCAAGGUACACGCGGUGGGGAUCAAUUUCAGAGACGUUCUGACCUGCCUUGGCACGAUUCCGUGGAGCCCUCCUGGUCGUGAAGGGGCCGGCACCGUUGUGCGCGUUGGGGCAAAGGUGCCACAUCUGAAAGUCGGGGACCGCGUUAUGUUCGGCAAGGACGAAGGGGUGUUCUCGACCUAUGUUCGAAUCCCGAGUAUGGGCGUCCGCAGGCUGCCACCGAGUAUCUCAUUCGCGGUCGCGGCUUCGUUACCUGCUGCGUAUGCGACAGCGCUCCUCGCCUUGCAGGAUUCUGCGCGCCUUAAGGAAGGCGAGAGCGUGCUGAUUCAUGCGGGUUCCGGGGCUGUUGGUCAAGCAUGUAUUAAUGUUGCUCAGAGUAUGGGUGCGGUUAUAUUUACAACCGCAGGAUCCGUGGAGAAGAGAGACUUCUUGCAUAGAACGUUUGGGAUUCCCACAUCACGCAUCUACAGUAGCCGUACCGCCAACUUUCGUCAGCAGAUCCUUAACGAGACGGAUGGAAAAGGCGUGGACGUUAUUAUAAAUUCUCUCAGCGGCCAGCUGCUUCAGGAAACAUGGUCCUUGGUUGCCGACUUUGGUCGAUUCAUCGAGAUUGGCAAGCGAGACAUGCUCGACAACAGCCACCUUGGUAUGAGGAAGUUUCUGAACAAUGUGACAUUCACGACCCUUGCGCUUGAGAGCAUGUCAGCCAAUAGACCUGGACCCGUGCAGGAUACCCUGACCAGGAUCUUGGACAUGAUGGAGAAGGGCAUUCUCAGGCCUAUCCAGCCCAUCACGGAAUUCCAUGUCUCCGAGGUGCAGUCUGCAUUUCGAAAGCUUCAAGGUGGCCAGAACAUUGGUAAACUUGUUGCCAUCAUGGGCCCGACAGAUGAGGUGAUGGCGGAGUGUACUUCUCCAUUACAGCAACACGGUAGGCUGCUCCAGCACGACGCCACGUAUCUCAUCACCGGUGGCACAGGGGGCAUAGGAAGGGCCAUUGUGCCUAUGCUGCUGGAAAAUGGAGCCGCCAACGUGAUCCUGCUCGGUCGGUCUGGCGUUUCCAACCCCGAGGUGGCCAAGUUGAUCCGCGAGCACGACAGACCCGGACGUGGCAUUCACGUCCGCGCCAUUCCAUGCAAUGUCGCUUCGCGAGAAAGCCUCCGCAUGGCACUGCACUCUAUCAGCGACUUGCCGCCCGUCCGAGGUGUGAUCCAUGGCUCCCUAUAUCUGCGCGAUUCCACUUUGAUGAAUGCGACGUGGGAGGACUGGCAGAACAUCAAUGGGCCCAAGAUCGACGGCGCAUGGCAUCUCCAUGAGUUGCUCCCUGGCCUGGACUUCUUCGUCGCCCUCGGUUCCGCGACUGGUGUUGUCGGCAAUGUCGGCCAGAGCAUCUAUAGCGGGACCUCCUCGUUCCUCGACGCAUUCGCCCAAUACCGCACCCGUCAACAGUCGCCCACCGUAUCCAUCAACCUCCCAAUUGUUGAUGAUGUCGGAUAUGUUGUCGAGCGGGACGGCCUACGCUCGCAGAUGAUGAAGCAUACUGGUGGUUUCAGCUUGUCCAUCGCACAGGUCCUUGCGAUAGUCAAGGGGGCCAUCAUUGGUGCAGCAUCGGGCUUCGUCAAGGAUAGCACGGCACUUAUUUUUAGUCGCGAGGACGGAGAAGGGUCUGAGGACUGGGUGGAUCGGUCGCACUAUCUCGCGGCAGCCCGACGCAAGAACGACACUGCCCACCAUGCCCGACGGGGUGACGGGAGUGGUGAGUGCGGCGAAGAAGAUGUGCUCGAAUCCUUGUGCCGCAAACUCUCAACGAUCACGAUGAUAGCUCGGGAGGAGGUGACGCCGCGCCGGAAACUGUCAGAGUACGGACUUGAUUCCUUGGUAGCGGUGGAGCUCAGACAGUGGAUUAAAGGCGAGUUUGGUGUUGACUUGGCCCUGUCUCACAUCGUUGGUGCAGACUACUUGCAGGCUGUGGCUGACCGGAUCUUAACCGGCCUUGGGAGGCUGCAAAAGGCCUAGAAUUGACAAUGAGAUAUCCCAGUCUAUUGUCGUAGUUUAGGGUUGGAAAUUCAAUUGAAUUAUGCCUGCGAAGGGUUACUUCAGUAUGCCCAGCUUCUAAGUGCUGGGUGUGAUUAGUUCCGGAAUAAAAUCAGAAGCGUGAAAAUGGAUCGCCGAUUCGCCGAUUACACCGAAGGUGCAGUUGGCUUAAGAGUCAUCUCCUCUUCCUGAUAUUUAUAUCUAUAAUUUUUUUUUUUCAUUCUUAAUUAUUCCCUAGAAUUAUCUAUUAAAUCACUUAACAACUUCAC